UCCUAGAUCUCAUCUCUUUUGUUUCCUAGUAAACAGUUAUGUUCUAGUUUUGAAUGGUAAAAAUGUCGAAAAGCCAGAAGACAAGGUACUUUCGACUGGUUGAAAUGCAGCCCACCAUGACUAACUUUUCGGCCGCUGUUCUGAUCAUAUCCAAAUCGUCGCCAAACUUAUUCCUGGAUAAGCUCAGUGGCAGCGAGCGUGGUGUUAUUACGCUAACGGUACGCGACUCCAUAAGCCACAUUACCAACUGCAAGUGCUGGGGCCAAAAGUCAUUCGUGGAUAAGUAUAACGCAAUGCUGCACAUUGGCGACGUCGUGGACAUUGUCGGGGCAAAGGUGAUGUCGCUUUCCACACCUGGUGAGCCGCGUUAUCAGCCCCAGGCCACUCUGUCGUGCACAUUAACGGUCAACGAAGGGCACGGUCAUAUUGUGCGGCACGACAGCGACGACUUACCCACAAUAGAGACCCUGCAGCAGCUCAUCCACAAGCCUCACAAGCCUCUUGGCUCUACCCUUAAUCUGGUCGAAGCUUGCUUGGGCAUUGGGCUUCACGAAAGGAAUCUUAAUGCAUAUGUGGACCUACUUGUGGUUGUGGCCGCGGUUCGUCCAGUGCGCGAGUUGAAGCGUAAACUUUCCCAAAGCUAUAAGAAGGACAACGGACCACUUCAAUGCCUCGAACUUAUCGUGAUGGAUGCCAGCUGCCCAAAUGGAAUUUUGCUCUCCCUGUGGCAUGCGGAGUGGAUACGGCGCGCCAAGCACUGGCAACCGCGAAAGACCGUCCUGCACCUGAUUGAUGUGCGUAUCUCCUAUUCGGACUACUAUCGCUGUCCAGUGCUCAACCACGCCAACUGUACGCUUCUCUACGAGGAUCCGCAGGCCGCCGGCGGCGACUGUGAUGCGCUACUCUCGUUUGCCGCCUCUGUGCUGCCUAUGAGCUUCGACCAGUCAGAUCAAUCAGAUUUGGCGGAUCUUCCGACAGCUUGCCAAAUUCAAACAAAGAUGACAACAAAACAGAUUUACUCUCGUGCCGAGGGCGAGCUGAGCAAUGCAGCCACCGAUCGGUUUACGGCUGUGCUCUAUUGCAUGGUUUCCAAGUUCGACAUUGACGGAUAUUCCAUGAACACCAGCAAGAAGUGCACAACAUGUCAAAAUCUUGUCCCACGAAAUCAAAGCGACUGUGUCAGAGAAGAAUGUCAGUUGUUGUUCUCACUGGAAUCCAAUGGGCCAAGACACUCGAGCUUUAUCAACAUCAAUAUUCAGUUGUCCGAUCAAACGGGGACGUUGGUCGAGAGUCGUCUGAGCGGGCACGUAGCCGAGCGCGUGAUGGGCAUCAAAGCGAGCGACUUUCAGCGGCUCUCAGAGGGUGCAAAAAUUGAGCUCAAGUGGCGCUUUCUGCUGAAGUACUUUGAGGUGAAGCUGCUCAUAAAGAAACAAUCAGCCAUGCGCAAGAAUAUCGUUGUGCUUGUGGUGGACAUGCAAGCAAUACCGCUUAACAAGAUGAUAGAUACAUUUUCCGUGUUCUAGUAGUGCCCAGGAGUGGAGAUACUCUAGAGUGGUA